UCGAGAGGAGUGCGCGCGGGGGAGCGCAACUAUCAUUCUACCAUCACCAUCACUCUUGCAUCUCUCCAGCUGCUAGCGAACCCGUCUUACGGGCAUUGGCGGGGGACCAUUGUCAAUAACACAAUGAACUUGUGUGGAACGUUUAGAAAACAUUAGUCUGUGUUCGCUCCUUUGGAUUUAUUCACUUUUGGUGACUUUUUUUCUGUCAUGAAUGAUUAACCUCUCCAUCUCUAUGCCACUGUCUUAUUUUGGUUUCCUCCGUUAUGGGACGCAGUAAGACACUGUAACUAGAGGGUGGAUCCAGUCGAUAACCAAACUCAGACAGCUCACCCGGCUCCGGCGCGGUGGUACCCCGGUUAGGCUGUAGCCCACCCCGCUGCUCGCCUGAUUGUGGCCGGCUUCGCCAGAUUGGCAGGCGGCUGUAAGGAUUGUCUUAAAAGUCGGAAACCGGAUUCAGUGGAGUGAAGAAAAAGUAACACAAGCAAGCGUGCUAUCCCCCGGAUUCCUAAACAAUUUGAUUAUGCCAUCGGUUUUAUAGAUUUUGGGGCCGGUGCUGUGUGAAAGGAGGAAGAGGAGGACGUGUGUGCAGUCAUGACCCUUAUCCCAUAGAGCGUCCUACUCAGAGCAAGACUGACCAGACAGGAGAAGGACAGAGAGGACAGGAAGGAUGAAGUUGUGGGGGAGCUCAGUGUGGCCUUUUCAGGUGGCCCUGGUUUUCGCUGUGGUGAUGUUCUGCGGUUGCCCGGUGUCCGCUGGCAGCCGUAACCAUCGGGGACAGACAGCCUCCUACCAGGUGAAGCAGGGGACGUGUGAGGUGGUGGCCAUCCACCGCUGUUGUAAUAAGAACAAGAUUGAGGAGCGCUCUCAGACCGUCAAGUGCUCCUGUUUCCCAGGCCAGGUCGCUGGCACAACCAGAACCAGGCCCUCCUGUGUGGAAGCCUCCAUCGUGAUUCAGAAGUGGUGGUGUCAGAUGAACCCCUGCAUGGAGGGAGAGGAGUGUAAGGUGCUCCCUGACCUCACCGGCUGGUCCUGCAGUAAUGGGAACAAAGUCAAAACCACCAAGGUCACACGAUAGCAAGAUAAUCGCUGAGCAGUGACAUCACCAAGUCUCUCUACCGUUAACUCCAUAUGUAAAGAAAGGAUGGCACUCAUAUCUGAGACACUUAGACUGACGAUGAAGGGAAGACUGUUAGUCAUCCCAUCAUACCAAGGUGUGACAAAGACUACAGAACAAUUAAGAACACACUCUGAUUGACAGAGACACUGAGGUAAAGUGUCACACGUACUGCCCAAAACAACUAAGGACUACCGACUUUAUGGAUACCCAGGGUGCAUACUUUAUGGUCAAUAAAGACACAUCUGAAGACUUUCGAGAAGAGCAUGUCGGAAGACUUUUGCCUGUUAAUAGAGAUGGGGAGAUCCAAAGAGAGGUGAUUUUGACCAGUGUCUGAGUAGAUGUAAUGUAUGGCUGUUUUGACGAAGCAUUUGUGGACGUGUUGCCGCCAGAGCUGCAGACAGACUGUGUUAGAGUGUAAUUCUAGGGCUUUUGGACUGGAUCCUGAAUUACUCUGACUAGAGAGUGGAGUUUUGCUGCUCUAUCAGGAUGACUUUCUAUUCAUGAGCUCGGAGGGGGUGGAGCUCAUCACUUGUGAAUUGCAAAUUAUUGUCAAAUUACUCUUGUAGGUCAAGUCACUACCAUGGAGAUGUUUUCUGCGAGUCAUUUUGCAGUUCUAAUUAGGGUUGCUAAGAAGGAUCAUAACAUAUAAAAAAUUCAUGUAGAUAUUUGCACUAGUUGAAAACCGUUUUCGGAAUGUUUUGUUUUCUAGUUAUUUAUCUUAUUUUGCUGUGGAUGUCACAUGACAUUAAAAAGAGGAAGAUAUUUUGUAAGAGUUCUGCCUCUGAUGUUGAAAUAGAAAUGCCACUGCCCUUCUCCCUGGUAGAGUUGCUUAUUAUAAUACAAGUUAAUCCAUGGCUCAGAUUAAAGUGAUAGUUCACUUUGAACAUAUUUAACUCUAUAGGUCGUUAUCAAUAAAACAUCACAAUACGGUGCAGAGUAUUCGAUUUGGCUACGUGCAGUUUUCAAGGGAUUGUUAAAUAAAUGUUAAAACUAUUUUGUUUUAAUAUCAUCACCUCUUGAAGCGCAUAGUCAGAACUCAACAUUAUUCCACAUUAAGAUCUAUCAUCAGAGUUAUACAGCAAGUAAUUGCAUGCUUUUCAUGAUCAGUAAACAUCAAUUGAUCAUGUAUUUUCAGAUACGUGGGGGUAGCCUAUCCAUUUGGCAAGUAACUAGCUAGUUAAGCUAACAACAUGUCUCAUUUAGCUUGCUUCAUCAGAGAUUAGGCUUUUGGAAAGAGCUUGACAUCGUCCUGGUAAAAUUGUCAGUCGGACUUACGUUACUGUCAUCACCACUAUAGAUGGCAAGCAAAUCAAACAAUAUUUGGAUACAGCUGGCCAUCUAGUUUAUCC